AUGUUUUGUCCUCAGGGAUCCCACCCCGACAGCUUGUACCGGGUGGCUACGGACAACAACACUGGCGCCAGCAAAGUGACGCGGGUGUUGCGUGUACUAAGAUGGCCAGUUGCACUAAUCGCAGUGUGCAUCGCCCUCGCUAUCUUCGUGUACUUCCUUAUGCCUGGUAAACAACUUGGAGUCGGCUUCGGUCAGAACGGGACGUACUGGGAGCCUGUCGUGGCUGGACAUAGGCCUCGUCAUGAUUCACAAAGGGAACAUCACAAAAAGAAACCAGUGAACGAAGAACGCGGUUCGAAACCGUCGGAAAUAGAUUUCUACGACGCCGAAAACAAUAAAAACUCCGAAAUAAGUUCAGUUGAUAAGAAUACAAAUCCUUUAAGAAAGCUACCCAUAUUUCCUUUUGAAGUAUACGACGACAAUGACGAUGGCAAUGACUCUACGUUGAAGCCACAUAUUACUCAAAAACCUGAAAAACCUAUAGAAGUUUAUUUCAAUGAAGCGUUAACCACGACGACAGAGGUCAUAAAUAGAGCUGAAACUAUAAAUGAUUUCACCACUCAUGAACACAAACAAGUGACCAAUAAAAUUGUGGCGCCGUCGGCGUCUGUAAAAAUGCAUCAGUCUACCCACAAGGAAUACACCCAGCCAAUCCUGUACAACCGCGAACGUGAUAGAGACCAGCGUGUGCCGCUCGAAGUACAAGAGUUUUACAGUCGCCGCCCCAAUACUGACGACGUCAACUUCACCUCAGGUCAUUCAAAGCUAUUUGGUAUAUCUAUAGAGGAUGCAGAAAAAAUGAAAUCGACAACACAAAGCUCUUUGUACAACACCAGAGUGUCCCCCACGCUUCCGACGUGGCGUGAUGGAGAUGACACAACCACUAAAAAAUACCCGUCCAAUGUCUACUCAGAGGUUCAGUGUCGUUCGCCUCGUUUGGCUCUCUGUCGAGGCGUCCUUCCGUACGACUUGGCAGGAGCGCCAGCGAAGAUUGGAAAUAUGGAAAUCACAUCUCUCCUGCCCCAGAUAGACUACUUGGUGUCUACUAAUUGCAGUGACCGUGUCAAGCACUUCAUGUGUGCCCUACUUGAACCUGAAUGCAAUGCCCCACCUUAUCCUCUGAAAAAGCCGUGUUACAGUCUUUGCAAAGCAAUCUUGGACUCGUGUGACGGUCAAAUUCCCGCUGAGUUGACCCCGGCUUUCAACUGCAAGCAGUACGCGCGUACUAACUGCGUGGAAGCAAAGACUCCAUGCUACCCUCGUGAAUUCGGCUGCGGCGACGGGUCCUGUGUUCCAAGAGAUUGGAUCUGUGAUGCUGUAGAUCUGGUGGGUGCAUCCUAAAACGUUGGCUUUGCGAUGGCUACUCGGACUGUCCCGACGGCGACGACGAACAUAUUGAAACCUGUGGCACACAGCCAACAUACAUUUAUUACCGAAACUCUAGAACCUAGUCAAGUGCAAACUGCUUCCGAUAUUCGCGAGCCAGGUGAAGAAUCUGCAGGCUCCGCUCCGGCACCAGCCAUCCGGAGACCAAACAGAGUACCUAUUGGACAGAAGGUCUCCAGUCACCGCAGUGAAAAUGAAAGCAGCAAGGAACUUCUUAUUACGAGCGACAGUAAUAAUGGUUUAAAAAGAAAUUACACGCGCCGGCCCCUACCUCCAAGGUUGUCUCAUUAUCAUCAUAGCCAUAUGCGAGGCAAACAUCAAGACACCAAAAAAGAGAUUACAACAGAGAACAAUGCAAAGGAAGUUGACGUGAAAAAGUCUGAGGGAGAUAAGCCCACGCAAAAGACCUCGGAAAAUGAAUCGAUCGAAGACGUUAACAUGGGAGAUCUAGGCUUUUUCGAUGAAUUUGAAAAGGAGGGCAAAGAACAAACUCAUAGUGACACAAAAACAGGGCACCACACGAAGCCAAUGACGAAGUUUGGAGUACCCCCACCCAACCCGACAGCCCUCAUAGAGGCGACAAAAGCCACUCGUUUGGAUAAACAAUCCAACAAUUUGGACAGAGUUAUUGAUGGCGCUGGACUCUUAAGGAAAGCACAAGCUGCACAGGCGGCUGAAGCAGCAACAGAUGAUUCUUCUUUGAACGAGACCUACGUGAAUGCGGAUAAAGACGACACACUUAUAGUGCCUGCUAUACCUAAGCGCUUUCAAACUGCCGUCACUGGAGCAGUCCAACCAGCUAGUGCAGAUGGCAGUCGGAGGACUACACCAGGCGGCAGUGCAGGUGACUUUGGCAGGGAAGAAUGGUCACGCGCGCAUACCUCACCUUGCCCGAGUGGUGAACUGCGCUGCGUGGACGGCCGCUGCAUCACAUUAGCACAACUCUGCGAUGGCACCAUCGACUGCUCUGACCACGCUGAUGAAGACAACUGUUACACGUGAUCGUACAGCCACCCUCUAGUGGUAAGUUAGGUUGUUAGUGAGUGUAUCUCAUUCGAGCCAUGUCGUUAUUGUCCCAGUGACUGAUCAGUGUCCAGUGACCAAUAUAAGUACUGAGAUUCUGUUUCAAUUCUGUAAUUUAUUAGAGUACAUAACUUUCAGUUUAAUUUGAAGACAAUAAAAUUUUAUAUAUCCAUCACAUCCACAUCCAAUACAUAGUU